AUGGGUAGAUUACUUGCGCAAAAUGCGGCGGCAGGCCGGUUACAGCUGCUGAUGCGGCUGUUACUGAUCGUAGCUGCACUGUUCAUCCCGCAGCUUCGGAUUGCGGAGGCGGCGUGCACCAAGGUGCGGAGCGUGCUGGUCGUCGGCGCGGGCAUCUCAGGUGUCUCCGCGGCGCGACACAUCGCCGUCACUAACGGCGAGUGCUUCAAGGUGACGGUGCUCGAGGCGCGCAACCGCGUGGGCGGGCGCAUGUGGAGCCGCACGGAACCCGCGCCGGCCGCGGGAGUCGGCAGCGGCGGCGUGAUUCGCGGCGAGAUGGGCGCGCAGUGGAUCCAAUCAGCGACAGGCAACCCCAUCACGGCUAUUGCGCGCCGAUUCAAGCUCAAGAUCGGCGAGCAGAACGGCGAGGAGAUUCAGUACCGCGCGGGCGGGAGCGCGUACACUGCCUUUCAGCUUAAAGUCGCGUCGGCUAAGUACGACUGGGCGCUGAAGCGCGCCAAGCAGAUCGCGAACAAUCAGGACAGAGAUAUCUCGAUGGAGAAGGCGUUUCGAGCGGCAGGGAACUUCCUGAAUCCGUAUAUCCAGUCGCGCGUGGCGGUGGAUUUCGAGUUUGAGUAUUCGGGCGAGCUCUCGACUUUGUCUGCCUGGUACUACCAGGACGAGGCGUUCGACCCGCCGGAUCUGGUGGUCACCAACGGCUAUGAUAACAUCCCCAAGAUGCUCAUGCAGUGUGUGUGCAUGGGGGCGAGCUGUCAGGUGUCUGUCUGGUGUCUGCCCGACGGCUAUGAUAACAUUCCCAAGAUGCUCAUGCAGUCCAGAACUGAUCCGGUGGUGGCCGGCGGCUACGACAACAUCUCCAAGCUGAGAAGUGCAGAUUACGGGCAAGGACACCACCACUGGCGCCACCCGCUCACGCUCUUCCCACCCUAUCCCUCCUCCCUCCCAUCCCUAACUCUCCUGCAGGAGGCAAUCAACGCAGGUGCACAGCUAGUGCUCAGCUUUGAGGUCACCUCAAUCACCCGCUUGAGCUCGGGAGCAGUGCAGAUCACCGGCAAGGACACCCCCACCGGCACCACCCGCUCUUACACCGGAGACGCUGCAAUCAUCACCCUCCCCCUCGGAGUUCUCAAGGCUGGAGUAGUUUCCUUCUCUCCCGCACUCUCCGCGCGAAAGCAAGGCGCUAUACGGCGCGUCGGGUUCGGGAAUGUCAACAAGGUGUUCUUUUUCUACAACACCACGUUUUGGCCGACGUGGGCGGACGAGUAUUUUAUCGAGGAUGCGCAACUUCCGGGAAACCGCGGGCGGUGGGUUGACUGGGUGAAUCUGAAGCGCGCGUGGGGUAUGACAGCUUUGGAGGGUGUUGCGGUUGGUUCAUAUGCGAACCGCAUGGCGCAAAUGAGUGAGGCGGAGUGCAUCAAAGACGCGGCUAACAAGAUCAAAGUGAUGUUUCCGAAGUAUAAGACUGCAAAGGUGCAUGCGGUGUGGUUACAGAGGUGGAAUCUAGAUCCGUAUGCGAGGGGAGCAUACAGUUAUGGAAGGCUGGGGAUGAAAGGGGAUGGCGACACUACCGGGGAUUUUAACAUUUUGGCAGAACCAGAGCAGAAUUUCCUGUUUGCGGGGGAGCAUACCAAUGGAGCUUAUAGAGCCAGUGUCCAUGGAGGGUAUUUGUCUGGGAUUCGGGAGGCUAGAAGAGUGCUUAGGUCUUAUUAG